CUACAUGAAAGCACUCUGGCAUCGCUUCACAUGUAAGCCUACCACUGUGGCGGACCACGACGUCACCAGCAGCUGCAACUAAGAAGUAUCUCUGAGGAGAAAAAUAAAAGUGUUCUCAUGCAGCAUUUCGUCUGUAAAUGAAUAUCAGAUCAUCCAGGGAUUGCAAAGUUUCUGACACGCCCGUGCCCUCCAGCCAUGGUGGAGAAGGAGGAAGUGAAGGUAGUGAACAGGGGUUUGGAGGAUGAGAUGGAGGUGUGGGGAUACAGGCCUUGCGGAUGGAAGCUGGUUCUGGUGGGUUUGGGGACACUGUGCUCAGGGGGUCUUCUGCUCCUGUUACUCUAUUGGCUGCCUAAGUGGAGGGUGAAAAGCACUUCUACAUGCUGUUCUCUCAGAGAUGCCCAAACGCUGCUGCUCAGGACCACGGAUGAGUUUAGGACAUGGUUUUGUGUCAAGGUGCAUGUGAUGCUGGCUUCGGGGAGGAACCCCUUCGACACCGUUGAUCUUCAGUCCUCAGCAUCAGGAGACGUUGCUUCUACGUCAGAGCUUCAGCCUGAGCCAAUCCGUCACUUUACCCAUCAGAGUCUGAGGUUCUUCUGGAAUGACACUCUUCAGAAUUUUGACACACUCAAAGGUGUGGAGGACCUGUGUGUCACCUGUGACUCCAUCCACUCAGAAUACUGUUCAGGCCUCAGCAAAGCUCUGCAGGACUACAGGAGGCUGUUCUUUGGUGUUAAUGAAAUUGCUGUAAGAGUGCCUUCACUAUUCAAACUGCUUAUAAAGGAGGUUUUGAACCCCUUCUACAUUUUCCAGCUCUUCAGUGUCAUCCUCUGGAGUGCUGAAGAAUAUUACUACUACGCUGCUGCUAUUGUCUUUAUGUCUGUCAUAUCCAUAGCUACAUCACUGUAUACCAUUAAAAAGCAAUAUGUCAUGUUGCAUGACAUGGUGGCGGCCCACAGUGUAGUCCGUGUGUCUGUGUGCAGGGGAGAUAAAGAGAUCGUUGAGGCCAUGUCUACGGACCUGGUUCCUGGUGACAUCAUUGCUAUUCCAGCCAAUGGGAUGGUCAUGCCCUGUGACGCGGUGCUAGUCAGCGGAACGUGUAUCGUGAAUGAAAGCAUGUUAACGGGUGAGAGUGUGCCUGUCACUAAGACCAGUUUACCCAGCGCCGGUGCGGAAAGCCAUAGCAUCUACAGCACAGAGCAGCACAAGAGACACACACUGUUUUGUGGGACAGACAUUAUCCAGACACGUUUCUACACUGGAGAGCUGGUUAAGGCACUGGUGGUGCGAACAGGGUUCUGUACAGAGAAAGGGCAGUUGGUACGUUCUAUUCUUUACCCCAAACCCACAGACUUUAAGCUGUACAGAGAUGCCUACCUGUUCCUACUGUGUCUGGUUGGAGUGGCUGGUAUUGGCUUCGUGUAUACCAUCAUCCUAAGCAUCUUGAACAAGGUUCCAGCUAAAACCAUUAUUAUAGAGUCUCUGGAUAUCAUCACCAUCACAGUACCACCAGCCCUGCCCGCUGCCAUGACGGCUGGCAUCGUCUACGCCCAGCGCCGCCUCAAACGUGCUGGAAUUUUCUGCAUCAGUCCACAGAGGAUCAACAUCUGUGGGCAGCUCAACCUGGUGUGCUUUGACAAGACAGGCACACUGACUGAAGACGGCUUGGACCUGUGGGCUAUUCAGAGAGCUGAGAAUAGCAGUUUUUGUCUGCCAGAGCAGGAGCCUGAUAAGGAUGCACUGGUUCAGUCUGCAUUUGUAGCGUGCAUGGCCACUUGUCACUCUCUCACUAAGAUUGACGGCCAGCUCUCUGGAGACCCUCUGGACCUUAAGAUGUUCCAAGCCACGGGCUGGAUUCUUGAGGAGGCUACAGAAGAGGAGACCUCGCUCCACAACCCAAUAAUGCCUACAGUUGUACGGCCACCCAAACAGCCAGCGCCAGAUGUCAACAUAACUCCAGAACAGAGCAUGGAACUGUAUGAGCUACCGUGCUCAUAUGAGAUCGGGAUCGUUCGUCAAUUCCCAUUCUCCUCAGCUUUGCAGAGGAUGAGUGUGGUUGCCAGGCAACUGGGAGGGAAGUACAUGGAAGCCUACCUAAAGGGGGCGCCAGAGGUUGUGGCCAGUCUCUGCAAACAAGCAACAGUUCCAACAAACUUCUCCCAAGUUCUGGAGGACUACACCAGCCAAGGGUUCCGUGUCAUUGCUUUAGCUUACCGCCGGCUAGAAUCAAAAUUUACCUGGCAUAGAGUACAGACCCUUGACAGAGAUCAUAUCGAGAGCAACAUGGAGUUCCUGGGCUUGGUCAUUAUGCAGAACAAACUGAAGGCAGAGACCCCUGGGAUACUGGAGGACCUCAGGAAGGCUAACAUUCGCACUGUCAUGGUCACAGGUGACAACAUGCUGACGGCUGUCUCCGUGGCCAGAGACUGUGGCAUGAUUGGUUCCAAUGAGAGAGUCAUCAUAGCAGAUGCUGUCCCCCCUAAAAGUGGCCACACUGCCAAGAUUAACUGGCACUACACAGACAGUCCCCGCCCUCUGGCCAAUAAGGACAGCCGGUUUCAGGUCGUGGAUAUUGAGUCACAUGACCAUAACUGUGAGGAUCAGCCCAGAAAGAAGGAGAAGUUCCAUUUUGCCAUGACUGGUCGAUCUCUCAGCACUGUUAUCGAACACUUUCCAGACCUGGUCCCAAAGCUGGUUCUCCAUGGAACAGUGUUUGCCAGGAUGGCUCCAGACCAGAAGACCCAGCUGAUAGAGAUCUUGCAGAGUGUUGACUAUUUUGUUGGCAUGUGUGGUGAUGGAGCCAAUGACUGUGGUGCCCUGAAGAGAGCUCACAGUGGAAUCUCUCUGUCUGAACUGGAAGCUUCUGUCGCCUCCCCGUUCACCUCCACAACCUCCAACAUAUCCUGUGUUCCAAGCCUAAUCAGAGAAGGCCGCGCAGCUCUCAUCACCUCAUUCUGUGUCUUUAAGUUCAUGGCUCUCUACAGCAUCAUUCAGUACAUAAGCGUCACUCUCCUCUACUCUAUCCUUAGCAACCUGGGAGACUUCCAGUUCCUCUUCAUUGACGUUGCCAUCAUUCUCAUAAUAGCCUUUACAAUGAGUCUAAAUCCUGCCACGAAGGAGCUGGUACCAGACCGACCCCCGUCCAGCCUGAUCUCAGGGCCCCUGCUUUUCUCUGUGCUCACUCAGAUCCUGGUUUGCCUGGGCUUCCAGGCCCUGGCCUUCUUCUUGGUCAAGAGCCAGCUCUGGUAUGAGAUAUGGACUCCACAGUCUGAUGCCUGUAACUCAUCAAGUUCUGCAUUCUCUAUGGACACCAAUGUAACAAAUCCACACGAACACAAAAACAUCAAGAACUACGAAAACACCACGCUCUUCUACGUCUCAUCCUUCCAGUAUCUUAUCGUCGCCAUCGUCUUCUCCAAAGGGAAACCCUUCAGACAACCUACCUAUAAGAACUGGCCAUUUGUGAUGUCUACUCUCAGUUUGUACAUCUUCCUCUUCCUCAUUAUGCUCUACCCUAUCUCUGCCAUUGACAACUUCUUAGAGAUUGUGUGUGUUCCCCAUGAGUGGAGGAGCGCUAUGGUCAUUAUGAUUGUCAUGAAUGCAGUAGUGUCUACUUUGAUUGAGACUCUGGUCCUUGAUAUCGUCUUAAGGAGACUUGUGUUCACCCAAGACAAAAUGGAAAGCCACAGGGUGGCGUCUGCUGCCCAGCACUCUCAGUCAGCGAACGAUCGAUGGGGUCGUGCGUUCUUGAUCUGGCUGUGCUGUCUCAGGGGGAAAACGCCUCAGGCACGCUACAUGAACCUGGCCCAGGAGCUCCAGGAUGACCCAGAAUGGCCCCCCAAACCUCAGACAUGCACUCAGAACAGGGCCUGCCGCCUCUCUGUCACCCUGUGAACCAUCCCGGUGCUAAUACUGGACAACGUGGAACAGGACUGCCCUGUCUCAGAAACCAUCUCUGUGUUGGUGCUGGAGUGUGGGCAUCGAUACAGGGCCAAAGGCUCUUCCACACUGACCAAUCAAACUGGCCAACUUAGAGUGAUCAGGGGGGAAAAAAUACGCUGUUGUUAAAUUGUCAACCAGGUUCACUUUCUAAAACAAAUACCAGCCAUUACAAACAGACAUUUUUAACCCACAUCAGAGUUUGUGUGUGU